AUGGGGGCUUGGCAGACUCUGCCUGGCCAGAAUGUUUCGAGAAUAUUGGCACGUACCGGUUUCGACUGGGUGAUGGUUGACUGCGAGCAUGGAAACAUGGAUGACGCCGCAAUGCACGAGGCCGUCCCAGCUAUCGCUAGCUGUGGAGUGAGCCCUCUCGUGAGGAUUCCUGAUAUGCAAGGCUGGAUGAUCAAACGUGCUUUAGAUGCAGGGGCACACGGCAUUCUGGUCCCUCUUCUCCGUUCCGCUGACGAGGCCAAAAGAAUCGUCAGCGCAGCCAAGUUUCCGCCCCAAGGCCAGCGUGGGCUCGGGUCGCCAUUCUCUAUGGAACGUUUCAACCCGGUGCCAACCAUGACGGAAUAUCUACAACAAGCUAACGAAUCGCUCCUGACGAUGGUCCAAAUAGAGACGCAAGAAGCGCUUGAUGCCGUCGAGGAGAUAGCCGCCGUCCCAGGAAUUGACGUUCUCUUCGUGGGACCUUUCGACUUAGGGAAUAAUAUUGGCCAUCCCAUACUGAACGGUGUCAUUAAACCUGAGUUAGAACAGGCAAUUGACCGGAUUCUGGAGGCGACUAAUAAGGCAGGGAAGAAGUGCGGUUUCUUCGCCACGGGCGGAGAACAGGCCAAGCAAUCAUACGUACGCCCAACAAUGGCUCAGAAGUGUGUCCACAAUGGUUGUGGCAAGGUUUACUCCGAUCCGGAUGAGACCUGUGUUUACCAUCCGGGUCCUCCAAUCUUUCACGAGGGUCAGAAAGGCUGGAAGUGUUGUAAACCAAGAGUCUUAACCUUUGACGAAUUCCUCGAGAUCCCGCCUUGCACGGAAGGAAAGCAUAGCACAACUGAUCUACCCCCGGAGAUCGAGAAGAAGACUCCAGAGAAUAUCGACGCGAAUUCGUCCCUAGCUUCAAAACUCACCGAGGCUGUAUCAGCAGUACCUACUCGUGCCCCUCUCAAUCCCCAGCCUGCUCCUACUGCGACCCCGCCGCCUCCCGAGUCCGAAGAUGACGAUCCAUCUCUCGAGAUCCCCGAUGGCAAGGUUUGCCGCCGGAAAGGCUGCAAUGUAGCUUACAAGAAGAGUCAAGGCAGAUCCGAUGAUGAGAAAUGUGUCCAUCAUCCUGGCGCCCCCAUAUUCCAUGAAGGCAGUAAGGGCUACAGCUGUUGCAAGAGACGGGUGCUAGAGUUCGACCAGUUCAUGAAGAUUGAGGGAUGUAAAACCUCGCCCAGACACUUAUUCAUCGGCUCUGGGCCACAGAAGAACAAGUCCGGUGCGGCCAAUUCUUCCGCAACCGCGAAUGGCGAGGAGCUACUCGAGAGCGUGCGGCAUGACUUCUACCAGACACCUUCGACGGUGAUAGCAUCUUUCUUCCUCAAGAAGAUUGACAAGGAUAAAGCGUCGGUAAAUUUCGAGCCCCAAACAAUCGUACUUGACCUACCAACAAGUGAUGCGCAACCUAAGCGCUAUAAGACCAGCGUCCCGUUAUUCGGCCGCAUCGACCCGGAAAAGUCGACGUACAAGAUUCUCGGUACGAAGCUCGAAGUUAGCUUGUGCAAGGCGGAUGGCGCGAGCUGGCCGGUCCUGCGGAGCGACGAGCGACUGACAGGCGAGAUCUUGCAGGUUGGACGGGCGGGACGAGUGUAG